AUGCCGAGAGCUUUUCUUAUUCGUCGACACACUCCACAAAACACGGGGAACAACGACGAGAGUUUUUUUAACAGAGAAUGCAGUCCUGAGAGGAAAGUUAGCACGGCAGAGGGCGGCUUGUACUACACGGAGCAAACACUUAAAGAUGAAGAUGUCCCGGUGAAGCCGGCAAGCCCGCGAUCUCCAGCCAGCCUGUCUCGCAUCCCGGAGUAUUACUUUUCCCUCGUCUCCUGUUUUGCAGCCGAACAGCAGGAACCGAUAAGCCUAAUAGUAGACAGGGCCUCGCCUGUACAGCAGAACUACAAUUAUCCAACGAGCCAGGUGGAAACGUCACCCGUGCUUACAGUUCUACAUACAAGUCCGGUUAACAGGGAGGACUACGAAUGCUCCGAGUGUGGCAAACGAUACAGCACGAGCAGUAACCUCGUGCGACACCGACAAACGCACCGAAGUUCGUCCGACAAGAAAGCACGCAAAUGUCCGCAUUGCCAGAAGUUAUACGUGUCCAUGCCAGCUUACAGCAUGCAUGUGCGCACCCACAGCCAGAGAUGUCAGUGUUCGUACUGCGGCAAGUGUUUCUCCAGACCCUGGCUUCUCCAGGGUCACGUCCGCACGCACACAGGUGAAAAACCUUUCAAAUGCCCUGUAUGCGGCAAGGCCUUUGCCGACAAGUCCAACCUGAGAGCCCACAUCCAAACUCACUCCAACACCAAACCAUACGAGUGUCAGCGCUGCGGGAAAGCCUUCGCCCUAAAAAGUUACCUGUACAAGCACGUAGAUUCCUCGUGCAUGAGAGUUAACCGACAACAUCAACGACCAAACCGUCGGACACAACAACAACAGCUUCAGCUGACAGCCGUGUUACCAUUAAAAAUAUGCACCCAGUAGUUUCCGGUGACCCUCGUCCGGUGACGCAGCUUCAGCUGUGAAACAAUGAUGACAAAAGCACUUUAAUCUAAUUUAAACUUCCAAUCAAAUUGUCCAAUCAUUUCUGAUAUAACGGAUG